AUGACGAAGAACAGUGGAGGUAGCAAGAAGAGUUCAUCACUACGCGUGAAUUUGGAGUCUGAACUUGCGCUAGAUUCGGAGUUUGGUCUUCCCGAAGGCUCGACAGUUAGAGUCAUGACGGCCCUAGGUAUCGCAAGAGAUUGCACCGAUGCCCUUAACAAUCCAAAGCUCGCAACCAUACUGGGAAAAGCGCUAAAUGGGAUCUGGCUGAAGCUCUUAACAAGACGAGGUUAUGUCAUGACAAGAAACGAAUUCGCGGUUUUCAACUUCUUCCAAGACCUAGAUCUCGACGGUGCGAUGUCUCUAAUAGCUAUCAACGCGAGAGCACUCUAUUGGGACAAGACUCAUGGCGAUCGCUAA